AUGGAUGAAACUGGAAGAUGUCAUGUGAAGGAAAUAAACCAGACACAGUAUGACAAUGGAAGAGGAAGAGGGAAAGUACUGGGAAGAGGAUCAGGAGAGGGGACAAAAAGGGCAGACAGUAGAGAGGGUAGAAGAAGAAAAAGGUGUGGGGACAGUUUUGCCACCUAUUUCCCCAGGGUGCUGAAGCACAUCCAUUCGGGCCUCAGCCUCUCCCGGUCUAGCAUGAGCGUCCUGGACUCCUUCGUCCAGGACAUAUUCGAGCGCAUCACCAGCGAGGCCCGCUGCCUGGCCGUCCAGAACCAUCGCUCCACCAUCACCUCCAGAGACAUCCAGACAGCCGUGUGCCUCCUGCUGCCCGGGGAGAUUGGCAAGCACGCCGUGUAUGAGGCCACCAGGGCCGUCAGCCGCUCACAUUCCAGCAAGUGA